CUUGACGAAGCGCCUUUGGAUCCCAGCUUGGAGGAGAGUGUUGAGGAUCGCUUCCCCGCGUCCGCUCCGGUCUUUGACAGCUGUUCCGCGCCGAACGGCCGAGGUGCGGAGCGGGAGGGACAACUGGCGAAGUUGAUGAGAAGCUUGCUUACUAGAGGAUUCAGGACAUACAGAAGCGCUCUUGGUCCUCAGAACGCCUUCAGGUGCAGUCUUUAAAGAGCGCCGCAUAAAAUUACGCAAGCAGUUCGCCCAGGUCAUGGCGUCUGCAAAGGGUCCGACGCCGUCGGAUGCGCCUCUGACCGCAUCAGUUGGACCACCGACCCCGGCAGACCUCCGGACGGCCGUUAAUCAGAUCCAGUCUCUACUCUUGUUACUCGAUUCUACUUCUGAUCUGAGCCAACCGACAUCCACAUCUGGAGAAGCGGACCUACUCAGCGCUGCAACUCCCCGCGGUGGGACGAUCGCGAAUCUCACUCCGAUCAAUCGCCCAGAGGAACAAGAGGCGGACGAUGCCGCAUCCGACUCAUCCGACGCACCUCUUAUGCAGCAGCGAGGAGGUGGCGGGAACAACAGUCUCCCGAAUAAACCCUCUCCUAAUGCACAGGUCACUUCGCAACCUGGCUUGGCGCAAAUGCUACCUGCCUUGCUGCUGCCGCUACAACCCGCGACGCCGGCAUUGAUCGCGCAGCUCAACAUGGAAUCCGUCGCGAUGGGCUUCCCGAACAUCAUGUCGCGCUAUCGCGGCGCCGUACAGCACGCAUUCAACCUCGUUGGAGACUUGCACCGUGGCAUCGAGAUGCUCAGCAACCCCAUGCCGGAUCCAGCCAAUCCUUUGCGCACAAGGCAAGCGGCGCUGAGCGUCGCGGGACGACUCAUGCACGAGACGCCCAAAGAACAGCUGGAGACGCGGAUCGAGCGGGUGAAAAAGCGUCAAAAGUUGACCAAAGACGCCGAGCAACAGCGACGGCCAGAGGAAGAAGAGCCUGCGGUAGCCCAGCUCAAGAUGGAGAGUAACGAGCGCAAUCACAGCAAGUCAGUCUACUACGUUCCAUCGAGUGCAGUACAGGGCAUCCCGGCAGAUGCAACCGAUGAGCAGACGUGGUUAGAGUACGCGAAAUCCAUCGAGCAGCACCUCUCUCAGCGCAGAAUCAAGGUGCGAAUACGAUGCAGCCACUGGGCUUCAACGGGUGGGACGAGCAUCGUCCUGGUGGACCUCCCAAGCGUGAUGAGCUGCUAUAUCUCAUUCAUCGUGUCCUCAGGCCAGGCAUAUCUCACACGGGUGGUGGUGCGUUCUGCAUCCGAACAGGCGGAUCUCGAGAGAGUAGAGAGCGCUGCAGGCGUAUCGACGCUGCCUUUACGGGCGUCACGCUUCCCCGCGUUCAGAUUGAUCGCGAAGGAGGUUUUCGCGCGGUCAAUUCAGGCGGAUGCGGAUGCGGAUCAAGAUGCUGACAAGACCGCUUGGAGGCGCUUAGGCAUUGCAAUUCUUCACCUAGCUGCAUAUUCUAACCAAGGGAAACAAUGAAAUAAUCUACAUGGAGGAUUGCGUUGAACGUUGUUGAACGUUUGCAAGCUGCACGCAACAUGCUUCUUUUUGUACUGCAGCAGGAGACCAUCCGUUCUAUUCUUGUCA